GCUUGUCAUUUAAUAAAUGGCCACCCUGUAGAUUUAAAUCAAAAUUCGGAACUGGUCGAGACAUUGCUUUUACAAUUAUUUUUUCGGAAAAACCCCGCUCUUUUUGUGGAAAAACAACCAAAACAAACAUAGAGCCCCAUAACUGGUCAAGAUGGAGGAUCGCCUAAAGCAGGCCUAUCAGCGACAUCGCCUGGAACGGGAACGAAUUACCAGACGCCUCAAGCGGCUGACCGGAAAACGGUCCAUCGAUCUACUCUGCAACGACGCAUCCCCGCCUCCCAUCGCCAUUGCCAUCGCCGAGCUGAGCAUCCAGAGGCGGAUGAAGGGCGGACAGCAAAUGCGAAGCUUGGAGGCGCAUGCCCUGUUGCCGCGACCCCAUCUACGGCAGGUUCCUCCCACACCCCCACCAACGCCACGUGCCAGUCCCAUUCCAGUGUCGAGGAAGCGCCCGCCGAGGAAAGCUUCCAGACAUGCGGCCAAGUCAACUCCAGAUCUGUUCGUCGUCGGUCACCAGCUGCCGAUGCAUGCCCCGCCCCAGAGUCGCCGCAUCCCGCUUCCCCGUCAGCCAGUCGAUGAUUACAUCUACUUUUAUCCGGGUCAGUAUCCGGAUAUGAUCUACUGGCAUCCCCAGGGUAUGCUGUUCCAACCACAGCAGCCGCACCAGCCGCAUCAGAUCCUCGUGAAGGGCGAGGAGCCUCCACGGGUGGUGGAUGAACGAUUUAUAGCCGAACUGGUGGACGAGCUGAUCUUGGAAACCCAGGAGUCUAAAGGAUGAGAGCUUAAGGCUUGUGGGCGAACUAGUCACCUGAAAUAAAAUAAAAUAAAAUGUCAAGCUACAUCUAACUAA